CUAAAGCAACUUCAUUAUUUUAGAUAUUCGCGAGCGAAGCCGCGAUUUAAAGCUAGUUUGUAUUAUUUUUAUUUGUUGCAGGCGAAACUCGAGACCAAAGCGCUGAAAGCCAAACGGCCUGGAUUCACAGACGACCGAUACAACGAAACAUCCUACUACAUCGAGAAUGGUUUGCGCAAGGUCUACCCUUAUUACUUCACAUUCACGACGUUCACCAAGGGACGUUGGGUCGGCGAGCGCAUCCUGGACGUGUUCGCUCGGGAAUUCCGCGCGCACCCUGCGGAAGAAUACGAGCGCUGCAUACAGGCGGGCACGCUGACGGUGAACUACGAGAAGGUGCCCACUGACUACAAGCUGAAGCACAACGACCUCCUCGCCAACAUCGUGCACAGACACGAAGUACCAGUGACGUGUCACCCCAUCACCAUUGUGCACAUGGACGAGGACGUAGUGGUGGUGAACAAGCCUGCCUCUAUUCCAGUGCAUCCAUGUGGCAGAUACAGACACAACACUGUUGUCUUCAUCCUCGCCAAGGAGUACAACUUGAAGAAUUUGCGCACGAUUCAUCGGUUGGAUCGACUCACCAGCGGGCUGCUUCUAUUCGGCAGGUCGCCGAAGAAGGCGCGGCAGAUGGAGCACCAAAUUAGGAACCGAUUAGUACAAAAGGAGUACGUCUGUCGGGUCGAGGGCGAGUUUCCAAAUGAAAUCAUCGAAUGUAAAGAGCCCAUCGAAGUAGUUAGUUAUAAAAUCGGCGUUUGUAAAGUCUCACCGAAGGGUAAGGACUGCACGACGAUUUUCCAAAAACUAGGCUACAACGGAAAGACUAGUAUAGUGCUCUGCAAACCCAAAACGGGACGCAUGCACCAGAUCAGGGUACAUCUUCAAUACUUAGGAUAUCCGGUAGUUAACGAUCCUCUCUAUAAUCACGACGUGUUUGGUCCCAUGAAGGGCAAAGGCGGCGAUUUGGGUGGUAAGACUGACGAGGAGCUAGUCCGCGAUCUGAUUCACAUUCACAACGCCGAAAACUGGCUGGGAAUGGACGGUGAUAGCGAACUGUCAAUGUUCAACCCUCGCAAAGGUGGCGAUCUUGAUGAAUCACUUGUUAGUCCAUUCGCACAAAAAGAUCGAGUGUUGGGCGACGAUGACGGUGAUCCAGUAUCAAGGGAACCUUCCCCGUGCGACGACAGUCUGGAAAUCAACACGCCGAUCGCCUGCGAAUCCACCCCGCAUCCCCUGACGUUAUCUCCCCUUUCAUCGGUUGGUCACGUCGCCAUGAUGCCCGGCAUGCAAGGCGGCAAGGACAACGAUGCCAAGGUCACCGUCGCGACGCAGACGGGUCACGAGGCGCCCGACUUCAGCUUCAACCCCGACAAGAUGACCGUCGACAAGCACUGCUACGAGUGCAAAGUGAGAUACAGAGAUCCCAAGCCGCAGGACCUCGUCAUGUACCUGCACGCCUGGAAAUACCGGGGUCCCGGCUGGGAAUACCAGACCGAGCUGCCGACGUGGGCCAGUGUUGACUGGGUGGAUCCCAACGACAGCGAAUAAUUCAUUCAAGAUGGACGCCGCGCCAACCACAACGCAAGCAUGGAUUUAUUUGUCUUUCCAACUUAAAGUUUGUUUAGUUUUUAAACGUUAGGCUUAAUUUUUAAUCAAUCUUCCCAUAGGUUUUAAGUCUAAGCAAACAUAACCUAUAAUUAGUUGUAGAUUCUUUGACAGUUGAUGUUUGCGUCCAGUUAUGUUAUUCAGACGCAGUUCGAAUCAAAAAUCGCGCUGGUUCAGCUGAGAAUGAACUAUUUUUAUAUGAUACAUCAAAAUAGCAAUUAAUAUCGCAUUGCCCAUUUCAGUAACUGAUGUGCCGUGAUGACAGCAAGUAAAAACACAAGAAAAGAAACAUAACAAUACUAUUGUACUGGAAUACAAACGUGCCUUGUUAUAAUGUACGUUGUGACAGAUAGUUUAUCAACAAACUAUUCGCAGACAUGAAUCAAUGAUAUUGAGUGAAAUGUUUAAUGAUAUAUCCUUGUAAAUGUAAUUAAAUAUUAACUCAUAUCAGAUGAAUCCGAAAAAGUAAGAAUAUAUAAGAAUAUAUUUACUGUUCAUGUCUCUUUAUAACGAUGAUGAAAAGAUGGAGGGAAAUAAUAAUAAUUAAGGAUUCUUGAAUGUAUACUUGUUAAGCACUGACAUGGAUUGUUAUAAAAUGUGAUAUAUAGAGUGAUUCGAUGAUGUUUGUAUCUACUACACUUCUCGAUUCAACCAGAUACAUAUUAUAACUAACACUUUGUUUAAACGAUAAUUACGAAUGUGAGACAUUAUACAUAUAGACGUAAUGCAAAUUGAUUGUUGACGGUGUUAACGUUUAGGAUAUCAUAAGUUGUUUUGUGAUCGGAUUUAAGGUCAGUGCUUAAUUUCUAACCUCAAACAGACAUUUUAUUUGAAAGACAUUGAUUAGUUAUUAGACUAGGAAUUGAAUGAAUUGAUUUUUUAUCAAGUUUUGUUGACGACCCAAUGCGCCGACUUGUUAUCACUCGACAUUUAUUGUUAUUGUUUGCUUUCGACAUCAUUUUUGACUAGUGUGUAAGCGUGGAUCGCCGCUUUUCAUCAGAAAUUAAUCUGUAUCGCUUGUAUCAUGCUAAGAAAAACGAGGAUUACGAGAUUCAUAUCACUCAUUCAAGUUCACAAAUGUAAUUACGUAGCUUAGAGAUUAGCAUGAUGAACCAUCGAGAAAAUUAAGAUAUGUAUUUUUAAACAAACAUAAAUAUAUUGAAACAAUCCCAAUCAAUUGAGCUUAUAUAUAAAGAAGAUACUGUUUUAAUAAAAAAAACUUGGAAACCAAUUGUAAAAGACAAGACGCAGAUUUGUAUGAUAUUGAUUAUUGCGAGAACAAGGGAGAGCUUUGUGUAAUUAUAAUCUAUUCAAGAAAAAAAUUCGACACUUCUGUUCGUAGAUGGCUUAUAGCGCUUCCUGUUUGUUGAGAAAAAGCUCUUUUAUAAUGAUAUUACCGCUAAUAGACGAUAAAACUAAUUACGAUAACUAUAAAUUUACAACAAUUCAUAAGAUUUAGCGAAUAAUACAUAUUGUAAUGAACAGAAGCGUUAGUAUUAGGUGCGAUUUUUAACUUUUACACAAUAUAUUGCGAGUGCGUCGUGUGACUCGUGCAUUCAAAACCUUUAAAAGAUGAAGAUUUAACGUCAAACCAAAUUGAUGACAACAAAACCAACCGUAGAAUCAAAGUGAAAUAAUAAAAAUAAACGCAGUGUACCAAUCGAUUAAACAAAUGCAUAAAUAUAUGAUAGCGAAAUUUAUAAAAUGUAUUUUUCAUAAAAGAAUUUUUAACAUUGGAUAAUAUCUAAUAGAGAGAAUUUAACGCUUCGUCGAUAUUUAGUUGAUAAUGUUAAAAUUUGAAGAAAAGACGCUAUUUGUUAAGUGAAUAAUAUGAUAUUAUACUAGCUGGACAACCAAAAACUCAUCUAUUUCGUGUUUCAUUUUGAGGUACAGACAAUAUAACGAACGCGCACCAAUAUUUCGAUUUUAUUUACAUUUGCAGUGCUUCUUGAAGUCUCUUGAUUUGUAACAGAAAUACACUGUGGAGGAGUGAUUUUUGAAGACGCAAGAAUAAAUACCAACAACCGGAUGCAACCAGAAUUAUGUAAAUCAAUUGUGAAUCAAUCUAUUGUACAUUUAAACUCUCUUUUGUUCACAGCUUUUAUCAUCUGUGAUGAAUUAGAAUUGUUAUUAAUUUCUAAUGCUGUAAGAAAGCAAUUUUAUGUACAAUGUAGAUAUGUAAUUAAUUGUAGUUUGAGUGUGUGUUUUAUUAUUUAAAUAAUAGUUUCUUGUCAAUGAUUGUAACUUUUACAAUUAUAAUUAUGAAAGGGUU